CACUACUGGUGAAAUCCGAACAUAUGAUAUCCGGCCUUCGGAUGUCGAUUGUACGCUUCGACAAGCAUAUGUCCAAGUUGCCGUGACAAGCAGCGAAGACGAUCAUAGAAAACGGAACCUUUCCUGACACCUUCGUCGGUCUUCGAGCCCUCAUUAUGCACCUGGGACAUACCGAAGGUAGCUGAUAAGUCGACAGUUUUUGAUGAGACCUUGUCCGUCGCCCAUAAUGGAGCUACCGGUUGAUCUACCAGUAUGUAUCACAAUCCCCCUUUCUUUCACGUAUCCUACUCUCAUGAUGAUCCAAACCAAUCAUCUCACGACGGUCGACAUAGCGGGCAUAACGGCUUGCAUUGAUGAGAUGGCCUCUGACCAGGCCUUUGGGACUGACCACGAUCGGACACUUACUGAGUCUAUUGGCGCACUGUUUGUAUAUGUAACUGACCAUCUACCAGACCCACCGUGACGGAGCUCCAAGCGCAGAGAGCUUG